UAAGUUUUCAAAGGAUACGCCGAGUGUAACGAAGCGUGAACCCUGGAGCGCGCAUAUAUAACGUCUGCCCACCACCAAACCAUAGUUCUGUUAUCAGUUCACAACCUUACAAACAUGAAGUGCGCGGUCGCUAUCGUUCUGGCCCUCUUCGGAGUGGCGACGGCUGUCCCCGUGGCUCCAUCCCUGGGCUGGGGUCUCGGCCCCGUCCUGCUUCCCAGCGCUGUGUCCUACAGCUCAAGCGUCAUCAAUCACGGCGUCUCCCUCCCUGUCGUGAAGCCCAUCAUUACCGCGCCCAUCAUAACCGCGCCCAUCAUCAGGACCCCCAUCAUCAGCGCGCCCAUCAUCCGCUCCCCUAUCGUUGCGCCCCUCGGCCUCUCCGGGCUUGGACUCGGCCUCGGUGGUCACGGCUGGCACUGAUAAGUGACGACAUCUCUCAAUAUUGAAACGAUAUUGCUUUCUUGAGCCUGUUACUGUAUAUAUUGGCAAAUAUAAUCUUGUUUUUAUUGCUUUGUUUUAUUGAGCGCAGUCAAGAUUGGAGUUGGAGCGUGGUGAGGAAGGUACAAAAUGGCGGUUCAAAUCAAGAUGGCGCUGAUGUUCUUGCUGGCGGCGCGCGCGCUCUGUGGCCACGACGAAGACAAUAUUGACGACGAUGACAUGGAUGCCCAAACGUUGUCCCGUCGUGCAUGGCAAUACGAGGGUAUUCCCGUUGAAGCGAUGGCGAGAAGAAGCGAGUCGAAGGAAAUUGAACCUUCCAGUGAGAGCAACUCACCACCAGCAACUCGAACGACGAUACUGGAGUUAUCAACCACCUCUACAAGCACAACCGAAAUGGCUUCGACAACAACCACAACAACAACAGAAGCCCCCAUAAUCCCCCCGCUGCACCCGCGCUACCGACGCAUCUACAACUCGGAUGAGACGGCCAGGAUAGAGGAAUACCCGUAUCUGGCCGCUGUUUUGAUGAACAACCAGCUGUGGUGUGGCGGAGCGAUUAUCAGCUCCGAUCUCGUGCUUACGGCGGCGCACUGUCUGCAACUCCAAUACAACAACCGCUUCUUCCGAGAGUACGUCAAGAUGCUGACCGUCCGCAUCGGCUCCAGCAACGCCACGGCCGGCGGCGAAGUCCUACGGGUCGACGAGAUCUUCUUCCAUCCGAACUACAAGCCAGAUAAUUUAGCCUUCAACUAUGCUGUCGUCAGAUUGCAUAAGAAUAUCACGUUCUCAGCGCUGAACGUGUCCAAGAUAGAGUAUUCGAAGAGGAAGGAUGUCACCAUUGAUAAGACGAUUACGUUCUUGGGAUGGGGAUCGGUGCUGGGAAUGGGCGACAAGGGUGGAGCAGUGCUGCUCCAGAAAGUAAAUCUUCCCAUCUACGACAAGGCAGAUUGUAUCGACGUUUACGGAAAGGAAUUGGUCUCGGUUAGCACCUUCUGCGCUGGCUUUAUCAGCAAGAUCAAGAAUGUUUGUAACCACGACGCCGGCGGCCCCGCCAUCAUGGACGGCGAGCUGAUCGGCAUCCUGUCGUUCUCGGCGAAGCGCUGCGACGAGGCCGACAAGCCUGCGGUGUUCGCGAGCACGGGCGCCGCCGCGGACUGGCUGGAUAGCAUUCCGAACAUUCGGCGAAAGAGCGACGAGCUCGUGCACGGCUGGAUGAACGACAUGCAAUGAAACAAUAAUAAAACAUAAACCAAUAUAUUUGCUCUAAUACUGUA